AUUGAAGACCCAUUUAAGUAAUCUCCCUUGCAUGUAUCUCAAAAUGGCAGGCCUGAGUGGCGCUGGAGGGGCACCAGUGGAAAUUAAAUAUAAUUCAAACCAAAGAUAACCUACAGUUUUAUUUCUAUCAUUUGAAAAUAGCAUAAAAGGAAUCAAACAGUCUUUGCUGUAUCAUGGAUCCAUCAAACUUAAGUAAUUCUGAAAUACCAAUUUUAAUGAAAGGAUGCAGAAGCUAUGCUGAAUUUUUGUGUGGUUAUGGUGCUGCCUUUAUCAACAUUACUGUCACAUUUCCCAUUAACAAGGUGACAUUUCGUCAGCAGCUCUAUGGUGUAAGUAGUGUGACUGCUUAUAAACAAAUUUAUAAUGAAGGUCUACGCCAUUUAUACCGUGGGCUUCUGCCCCCUUUGUUACAAAAGUCAACGUCUGUUGCAGCUAUGUUUGGAAUUUACCAGAAUUACAAUGAAAUACUCUUGAGGAAAACUUAUCUGCCAACAGAUGUCAGGAAAGGCACUGCUGCAUUUUUUGCUGGAACUACAGAAGCUAUUUUGACACCUUUUGAGCGCAUACAGACACUUAUGCAAGAUCAAACUUACCAUAAACGUUUUCAGAACACCUUUGAAGCAUUUCGAAUGACAAGUGCUUACGGACUAAGGGAAUACUACCGUGGUUUGACUGCUAUUCUUUUGAGAAAUGGACCGAGCAAUGUUUGUUUCUUUUUGGGGCGGGACCAUAUCAAAGGAUAUCUUCCAGAUGCGGAAAAUAAAUUACAAAUAAUUGGGCAAGACUUUAUAAGUGGAGCUUUAUUAGGUGCUGUCAUUAGUACUGUUUUGUUUCCAUUAAAUGCUAUCAAAACACGCAUGCAGUCAGAAUUUGGAUGUAAAUUUAUCAGUAUUUACAAUACUUACUGCAUACUGCUUGCCGAACGUAAUUAUUCACGGAUUAACUUAUUACGAGGAAUGCAUAUCAAUUACAUAAGAUCAUUUAUGUCAUGGGGAAUUAUUAAUGCUUCUUAUGAAUUUUUGUUAACUUACUUGAAACCAAAAUCUUGAUCGCCUAAAAGUGAAUGCUGGACACUAUGAUUUUGAACCCAUAAAUAGUAAUGAUUUCUUUUUUCAAAUUGAAAGGAUUUGUUCAAGGUAGGAUAGUAUAUGGGAAAAUAGUUUAGUGCUGAUUGCUUUACUGCUAUUAUAUUUAUUUUUACUUCUGUAGUUUAUUUGUAUUAAUGAUUUAGUAGUGUAGAAUAUUUGGCUGUGUUUGAAUGUACUAAUUUGAUGCAUGGUGGUGAUAUUUUCUGAAAUGCUUUUGUGGAUUUCAGUCCAUCUAAAGAUGAAAUACAAUGUCUUUUGUGACGUACUUCUGUUUAUGAUAUUUGGGAAUGAAUGCUGAUCAGUUGGUAUUAUGUUAAAACUUCAAACUGAAAGCAGAUUUUUGUUUUCGUUUGUAUAAGUUCUUCGUUCUAACCAUGUUGUUUCAAUUAUGUUCUCAUUCCCAUUUGAAAAUGGAACUAUUCUGCUGAUAAUCAAGUUAAACACUUUAAUUAAUAUAUAUUGUUGAAUAUAACCACCAGAUGAGGGUUCUAUCACUAGAUACUACUAGUAAUUAAAUUAUUAAUAAUGAUUUUUUUUUUUGACUUAGCACAGUCAUAUUUUUUUGUAGGAGGUACAAUUAAUUAAUUUGACCAAAGCAGUUAAUUAAGACUUAUUUUGAUCCUUUGUUUCUGCCAUUCAUUGCAGUCAAUAAUAUUGAGUUUAUUCUGACUCUUAGUGUCAAGGGUUUUUUUUUUUUUUUUACAUGUAUAAAUGUGAAUGUGAUCUUAAAAUUUAGAUGUAUGGUAUGCAAGAUUUUUGCUCUUUUUUGUUGAAACCUCAUUAAUUCUUUUGUUUCUUGUUUCACUACAUGAUUAUUUUUCCGAUUUUGUUUUUACAAAAACAAAGGUGAAAGUAAUCCUUUUCUUCUUAAUAUGAAAUUGACUAUUGUGUUUCCAGAAGAAAUAAAACUGAACAAUAUUUUGUAUUUGAUAUGGUAGAAAGCUAUGAAUGAUAAUGUUUCACAUACAAAAUUGCAGAAUAUUUUAUAUAAAACAAUUCUGUAGUUUUGAAUCCUGAGAUUUAAAAAAAAAAAUAAUUGUAAGAUGUCAACAAAUGUCUGGUAGUUAUUUGCACUUGGUUAAAUGUGUUUAUGGCUACAAUGAAUUUUUUCGUUUGACUUAUGUUCUACAUAUUUUCAUAGGUUUUAAAGAAAGUAAUGUCAUUAGUUUAAUAAACACAGCAUGCAGCACACACACACACACAUAUAUAGGGAGGGGACCCAGCCAUAAAAAGUCUGCCUCAAAGAAUUCCAUCUGAGUUAAGCCAACAAGAGAAAGUGGACAUUAAAGUGAUGUGAUGUUGUAUACACAUAUGUGUGUGUGUAUAUAUAUAUGCAUGUGUUGACACAUACAUGUGUGUAUAUAUAUGUGUGUGUGUGUAUGCACAUAUAUAUAGAUAUAUUUGUAUGUGUG